AUGAAAGAGGUCUUUGAUAUUAGCAAAUGGCACAAAUUGAGGGGGUCAUAUCGCAGCCCUCCUCUCAAGGAUCUAUUACGGCCGGAUAAUCUACCUACAGUCUCUGUUCAGGAGAAGCAAGAUCUACUAGUUCGCAACCUCCUGCAAAACAUAACAGAGGCAGGAGAUAUCCCGCUAGACUGCCCAGCUAUCUCUACCACUACCCUUCCAUUCCCUAAGAUUACUAUAGCACAAGUGGAAAAGUCUAUCUUAAAGGCCAGAAACACCGCUCCAGGAGAAGACAAACUCCAAACUAACAUCCUAAAGAUGGCUUGGCUACUAAUCAAAGACAAGAUCUUAUUCCUAUUCCAAGGCUGCCUACAAUUAGGAUAUCAUCUAAAAU